UGCUUGUGGAAGUUAUACAGUUGUCAUCCGGGUUAUUGUGUGGUCUGGUCACACGUCAAGAUGGCGACACACAUGUCGAGGUGUAGAUCCUGGAGCCCCGUUCAAAGGUAUGGGCUCGCAGCCUACAGGAGGUACAGCGGGAGCGGUGGGUACCCCAACAUCCCCCUGUCCUCCCCGCUGCCCGGGGUCCCCUCCCCGACGUUCGCCUCCGUGGACGGCCUGGAGAAGAGCGAGACCAGGAUCACCACUCUGGAAAACGGCCUGAGAGUGGCGUCUCAGAACAAGUUUGGUCAAUUCUGCACUGUUGGAAUUUUAGUUAAUUCCGGGUCAAGACACGAGACCAAGUAUCCCAGUGGGAUUGCUCAUUUCUUAGAGAAACUUGCCUUUUCUUCCACAGCUCAGUAUGGGAGUAGAGAUGAAAUUCUUCUGACGUUAGAGAAGCAUGGCGGAAUAUGUGACUGCCAAACAUCCAGAGACACCACUAUGUAUGCAAUCUCUGCAGAAGUGAAGGGCCUGGACACGGUGGUCAGCCUGCUGUCAGACGCUGUGCUGCAGCCUCGCCUGCUGGAUGAGGAGAUCGAGAUGACUCAAAUGGCCGUGCGUUUUGAGCUGGAGGAUCUGAACAUGAGGCCCGAUCCUGAGCCGUUACUGACAGAGAUGAUACAUGCUGCAGCGUACCGCGGGAACACGGUGGGCCUGCCGCGCUUCUGUCCCGGCGACAACGUGGACAAGAUCGACCAGGCCGUGCUGCACGGCUACCUGCGCAGCUACUACUGUCCUCAGCGCAUGGUGCUGGCCGGGGUGGGCAUUGAGCAUGAGCAGCUGGUGAAGUGUGCCCGCCGGUACCUGCUGAACACCAGGCCGGUGUGGGGCGAGGCCACGCCCACCGACGUGGACCUCUCCGUGGCCCAGUAUACCGGCGGCAUCGUCAAGAUGGAGAAGGAUAUGUCUGACGUCAGUCUGGGCCCCACCCCCAUCCCAGAACUUGCACACAUCAUGAUUGGUCUGGAGAGCUGCUCGUUUCUGGAGGACGACUUCAUCCCGUUCGCGGUGCUCAACAUGAUGAUGGGCGGGGGCGGCUCCUUCUCCGCAGGCGGGCCGGGGAAAGGCAUGUUUACCCGCCUCUACCUCAACGUCCUCAACAGGCAUCACUGGAUGUACAACGCCACCGCCUACCAUCACAGCUAUGAGGACAGCGGCCUGCUCUGCAUCCAUGCCAGCGCCGACCCCCGACAGCUUCGGGAGAUGGUGGAGAUCAUCACCAGGGAGUUCAUCCAGAUGGCGGGGACACCCGGAGAGAUGGAGCUGGAGAGGGCUAAGACCCAGCUCAAAUCCAUGCUCAUGAUGAAUCUGGAGUCGCGGCCGGUCGUCUUCGAGGACGUUGGUCGCCAGGUCCUCUCUACAGGGAAGAGGAAGCUGCCCCACGAGCUGUGUGCGCUCAUCAGCAACGUUACCACCAGUGACAUCAAGCGCGUCACCUCUAAGAUGCUGCGCAGCAAGCCGGCGGUGGCGGCACUGGGAGACCUCACGGAGCUGCCCUCCUUCGAACACAUCCAGGCUGCCCUGUCCAGCAAGGAUGGGCGCCUGCCGCGCACCUACCGCCUGUUCCGGUAGACCCCGCGGACCCCCUCUGCCCCGGACCCCCACCACCAUAUAUGUACAUAAACCGUAAAGGGAACCUGGAGACCCACUCACACGACAUCUCGCCCCAAGUAAGAGGGGCUGUGGGGGAGGGGACUUUGUUCUGGAGUCCACCCCAACCAGGAGAUGUGGAGAGUAUUUCCUUUUUUUGUCAUUUUUAGUCUGUGUGUACCCAGCUGGAGCCUUUGUCAUUUGGGAGGACCUGUUUUUUUUUUUACAUUUGGGAUUGUUUAACUGGUCACCCCAAAUAACAAAUGCUGUACCUAGACUUGACGAGCAGAGGACUUCUGAGAACCGAAGCCCCGCAUCAAUCAGUAGCAAUUGUGGUUUGUGUGGUAGUUUUCCCUGUAGGCUUCCUGUUGUGUGAUUCAGAGGUUGGUCCUCUAUUUAGAUGAGCCUUUAUCUUCAGUUUGAGGAGGCGGGAUAAACAAAUUGUUUUCAGUUUUGCCUCUGUUCUUAAAGGAGAGUUAGGUGGUUUGCUCUGAUGAUACUUGGAUUCAGGUCGCCCUCCAGGCAAACUGCUUAAUUUGGAGGCUUUCUGUACAUUUGGCUCAUUGUCGUGCUAAAAUACCAGAUAAAAUGAAAACUUGGAAUUUCUCAGUCAUCGAUUGGUUACCCUGUGUAAGAAUGUUUUAUCUCUCCUCAACCCCGCUUGCCAUGUUUUGCCUAAUGCUACAAGAACAUGAACACUGCACAUGUAUAAACUAACAUACGUAGAUUGAUGUUAGCUUGUAGGUUUAUCCAAGCCUAUCAAUAUCUUACUACUAUAAUGGCAGGCCUGUCGCACCAGUUACUCAAGUUGGUCAUAUGCGCAUUUCCACCGGAGGGUGCGGGUCGGUUCGGUGCGGCUUGGUUGAGUACUGAAGGUGCGGUUCGGCGCAGCUCAGUUACGGCUCGCGUUUCCUCCGCCGACAGUACCCUUAUCGUAGGGCGGGGUUUGGCUUAAAUCGGGAGCCUCUUUUAUGUUAGGUAAAAACAUCUAAUUUGCCGAAAUUGAGUGAUAGGUUAUACAAUUAAGAAAAAACAACGGUGGGCCUCUUCAUAACUAAUAUAUAUAUUAUUUUAAUUCAAUAAUGUACAAUUUUUUGCAAACCUUAAUUUUUGGUGCCCCCCCAGGUACUUGGUGCCGUACGCACUCUGCGUACUCUGCGUAUAGGGAGCGGCGGGCCUGGGUAAGACGUUAUGUUUUUAAACAUAACGCUUCCGCCGUCGAAAAACACUCCACGGUAAGACGUUCUGUCUAUAGACUGUAUAAAUUGCGAUAAAAGAAGGGAAGAGACAAUUUCUCACUUCGACAAGCAACGGCAGGUCGUUCAUUUUGUCAUAUAAAAGCUGUUAAAUUCAAUCAUCGCACCGACCGGCAUAUCCGCACAUAAGUCACGUGAUAUUAAAUACAGUGUCCCUAUAACACAAAACGGAAACAUGUCAAAACAGUAUGAUGAAUUAUGUCUACAGAGCCAACACAAGACUACACCACGUUGCUCAAAUGUAAUAUUACUCUCCUUGAGCCUCCCGAAAUGUCUUUACACUUUGUUGCUCAAACUUAAUAUUACUCUUCUCUUGAGCCUCCCGAAAUGUCUUGCAAUAUUGACAUCCCCCUUCUCAUCCUGCAGACUGUUUUAGUUUUAUUUUUUCUUACGUUUUGUGUGUAUGCUAUGUGUGACUGUUGGCUACUGCUGCCUGUCUUGGCCAGGACACUGGCAGAGAUGUUUAAUCUCAAUGAUUAUUAUUUUCAACUAACCAAUAGUAGUUGCCUUGCAUUUUAAAAUGUCAAUGCACCUUUCAGCCCUGAAUAACAGUAAAAGCUAUUUAAUAUUU